AUGUCGGCGCCGGUCGCUCAAGAAGAGCUGCCUAUCCUAGAAUCCGUGAUCAACAUCCGCAACCGCCUAACCGCCCUCAAGAAGGACAGAGGCGAGUUCAUCAAGCCGUCGGACGUAAACCAGCUCUACCAGGCGAUCGUGAAGCAAGUGACUCGACUGAACGAAGUCCGAGAUGACCACACCCCUUACAACAACCGUCUGGACACGACGCUCGCGGACGUCUUCAAUCUUUUGUCCCUCUUCUUCCUGACCAUUGGCAAGACGCGCGAGGGCCCGGCGACGUACAGUCAGAUUGCCUGUCUGAGGCAAAUCCUGGACCACAUGGACGAGUCGGGCGUAUACAACGAGUCUGACCUACUUCCUUUUCACCGACGGCUGGCCGAGCUUCGGAAUAUUGUUAGCGGCGACGUGGAGAGCGGAAAACACCCAGCUGCCAUGACGAAGCUCUUGGAGCGUCAGCUGAAUGACUGUGACAACCUCCUUCGCAAACUCCAGGACUCGCUAUCCGUCCUGUCACCCGAGCUCAUCCCUAUACAUGAACGUCUUGUCACUCUCCGGCGGCAGCUCGUCGCGCUGGCGGCGAAGGAGGUUGCGCUUUCGGACAAACACGAGGACGUGAAGGGCAAGGCAGUCGCAUCCUCCCAGGAUCUGAUUGAGCGUGAGGCUGACACCAAAACACCCACUCGCGAGAGCACACCGAAACCGACGAACUCGGAGUUCAAGGACAAGGAGGUCCUGCGGGUGAAGGCAGAACUGAAGCCGAUCCAAGAAGAGCUCCGGAAGAUCGACUCGAAACGUGUCGAUGGCAAGUUCUUGGGACCAGGGGGCACGGUGCCAGCAUCACAAGCGGUUUGCUCGUCGCUUCUGGAGGAGUGCUUUGACAUAGUGCAAGAGAUCCGAGCCAAGGACGAGUCCAAGAACGUCGCGACAUCUCUGCGGCCAAUAUAUGACCGCCUCAGUGAGAUUCGGCAGGAGCUUGAGCAACUGGUCCUCACGCACCGAUGGAGUCUCCGCGAGACAGACCUGUGGAACUACAGCCUCAGUCUCCAGGAGAUCGACAAGAUGCGCGUAGACGGCAAGUUCAUGGAUGCCGAAGGCAACCGACCAGAGGGGCAAUACGUGCUGCUAUAUCUUCUGCGCCGAUGUUACGGCCUGAUUUACCGGUUGCUUUCGUCGUCCGAGCCGGUUUCCGAGGAGCUGAUCCCGAUAGCGAACAAGCUCUCCACGGUCAAGAAGUGCCUCAACGAGGUGCUGAAGUAUGGUGGCCCAUUCAGUCCUCGCGAUCUGUACCCAUAUCAGCUCGCCUUGCAUCAGAUCGACUCAAUGCGGAAGGAGGGCAAGUUCGUGGGCAUUGAUGGCUCCAUACCCGAAGGCCAGGGUAUUGUCAUGGCACACUUGAACGAGUGCCACGAGCUUCUUGAGAUGCUCAAGGAGUCUAUGGACGACGGUGACGACGACACCGAUUACGUCGAUGAUGACGAUGACUACAACUACAACAGCGGGUCUGGUGACGACGACUAUGAGAAUCUGCAGAAGGACAGGGAAUAG